UCAGCACCUGACUCGAACGCAAUGUGCGCAAAUGGCUCAUCACCUCCACCGGAACACAUCGCCACCGCCCUAUUUCCUUCGUUUCCCCUCGCCGGCGCUCCGCCUCUCCCUCCUCCUUAUCAUCACUCUCGCCCUCCUCUACGCCGCCUCCGUCUUUCUCCUCCACCCUUCCUCUUUCUCUCGACGCCUCCUCCCCCCUCCGUCUCCAUGCGGCGCGGCCGCCGCCGACCUCUCCGCCGGCAGAUGGGCCCGCGACAGCCCGCGGCCCCUCUACGACGGUUCCUGCCCUUUCCACCGCAACGCCUGGAACUGCCUCCGCAACGGACGCGAGGGCAUGGAUUCCAUCAACUCCUGGGUUUGGCUCCCCGACCGCUGUGGUGGGCAGCCGAUCCCACGGAUCGACCCAGCGGCGUUCCUCGGCUCGAUGAAAGGGCGAAAGAUCGGGUUCGUUGGCGAUUCGCUGAACGAGAACUUCUUGGUUGCGUUAUUAUGCACGCUGAGGUCGGCGGAUGGUGGGGCGAAGAAGUGGAAGCGGAAAGGGGCGUGGCGGGGUGGCUACUUCCCCAAGUUUGAUGUUGUCGUGGCUUAUCACCGCGCGGUGCUGCUCGCGAAGUACACGUGGCAGCCUGUGGAUAACUCAGCUCAUCUUGGUCAAGAUGGAGUGAAGGGGACCUAUAAAGUUGAUAUUGAUGUUCCAGCUGAUGACUGGGCUAAUGUCACAAAGUUCUAUGAUGUCCUGUUAUUCAAUACUGGGCAUUGGUGGGGCACUGAUAAAUUCCCAAAUGAGACACCACUUGUUUUUUAUCAGGGAGGAAAACCAUUAGACCCUCCACUUGGAAUCAUAGACGGACUCGAGGUAGUUCUGAAUAGUAUGAUCUCCUACAUUGAAAAAGAAGUCCCUGAAAAGACCCUCAAGUUUUGGCGUACUCAGUCACCGAGGCACUUCUUUGGUGGGGAAUGGGAUCACAAUGGCAGUUGCUUGUUCGGUGAGCCUCUGAAAGAGACCGAGCUCGAUUCAUGGUUUGACACCAAACGUAAGGGAGUCAAUAAGGAAGCAAGGGAAGUAAACUCUCUGAUUCAACAAGCAUUGCUAGGUACAAACAUAAGGUCACUAGACCUGACUCAUAUGAGUGAGUUCAGAGCAGAUGCACAUCCAGCAAUCUGGUUGGGCAAGAAGGACGCUGUGGCAAUCUGGGGCCAGGACUGCAUGCAUUGGUGCCUUCCGGGCCUUCCGGAUACUUGGGUCGAUAUCUUGGCUGCCCAGACCAUAUACAACUUAGAACUGGGCUGACAAACGUGCAGAAACAAGCAGCAUCUUAUGGAGUAUGCCGAUGUCUUACAGUCACCCAGAAACUAAUCAUCUGAAGUUUGGUCCAUCUGGUUACCAUUUAGUUGCUUGUAUCUUCUUCCUAUAUUUUUUUUUACAAGAUCAUUCAUAAUUUUCUUCCCACAAAAUCAUUCAUAAUCUUCGGAUAGAAAUAUAAUCAUACACUUUUACUUUUAUUCUGUCCCCUUAUUAUGGGGGCAGCGGCUUUAAUGCAAAUCUCGUGGGCCAACAAAUGUUAUUUCUGGGCAAAUUCUAGGCAGCUUUCAAUUGUGUUAACAUUUUUGUUGAUGUCAGAAUCUUAGUAUCUGUCUUUUAGCUUUAUGUUUUGUAUGUGUUAUAUCUAAUCCUAUGGUGUACACAAUUGUAAUUCUCAGUUCACACAGGUAUUCUUGUAGUUCUUUCCCUCUUCCAAAAUUUUUUGUUGAUGUAUAUUUAAGACUUUUACUGAAACUGAGGGUUAAUUUGACUUGAAGAUGAUUGGAGAAUGACCAGAGACACUGUCUUGGAUCGACAACGGUUUCUGAUGAGGUUCCGAGUUGUUGCAACUUUCCACAGCUAUGUUUCCAGAUCAAUGCAGCGGAGUUCGGAAGGUUUGGUCCCCUCGUCGAAGAACCAGAGCUCUCAGCCGGUGCACCACCGUCGUCCCCGGAAUAACGUCGCGCAAGUUAUAAUGGUCUCUCUUAUCAGACAUCAAUCAACCAUGCGCUGUGUAGCACAGUGAUAUUUGACGGCCAUGAGCGAAGGUAAGAAAGCAGAUCAAAUAUAUCAUAGAGAAGAGACCAUUGCUCCUCCUUAUUGGAUACAUA